AUGAAUUUACAUUCUAAGAGAGAAUCACAAAAGGAGAAUUCACCUCCAUCAUACGAGAACUCAGUCUCAUCUUCAACAUCAUCAAUACCAUCAUCACCACAACUUACAACUUCAUCCAAAAGUAAAAUCCCACCCAUACUAAGAAGAAAGAGUAGUUUAACACCUACCACCAGCAGUUCAGAAACACAAAAGAAAAGAAAUGUGCCAUAUCAACCUUCAGUAGAACAAAAACGCCAUAUUGAAAAGAUAACAAGUUCACAACUGGAACCAUUAUCUUCUGUACCCAGUAGAACUCAAACUGAAUAUUUCGAUGUAUUGCCUUCUUUCCAAAUGUUUCAAUCUAUUCUUAAACGAGAUACUAAUCAAUUCUCAGAAGAUCUACACACAUCCCCGCCUCCUCUAUAUGGAGAAGUAACAAGCAGAGGAGGAUCACAACCUAGUAUAUCUAGCGCUAUGGAAGAAGUUACUCGACGAGUGAGUGAAUAUGAAUUGGCCGAAGAACAUGAACGAGCAGCCACACAGAGGUUUUUAUUUGAAGAAGAGCUAGUCGAGGAUCCAGAAUUGUUACGAACGGACGUGGCAACACCACAUAAUGCCAGUGUCGAUAAUCAGAAUGUGGCAGUCACUCAUGAUAUUUAUGGAAACUCCCCACUUGAUAAUAUUGAUCGAUUACAAAAACUCCCCAGUUCACCAAUUGAUAUCCAAAUAUAUGUGACUAAACAAGUCCCCAUCCCCCAUGAACAAAAUGAACUCGAAACCAGAUUGAAAGAAUACACCAGUGGAGAUUUCGUGAAUGGAUAUAUCGUCGUCACCAACACUUCUGACAAACCUGUCGAAUUCGGUCUAUUCACCGUCUCCCUAGAAGGAACAAUCAAAGCCACUGAACGAAACUUAAAUCUUGUGGGAUUGGAUUUCUUACAUAAAUAUAAUCGAAUCCUUAUGAAAAAAUUCCUCAAAAUGUACGAUCUUAAUGCUUCUUAUGGAUAUACCCAAGUUCCUAAUUCCGCCGGGAUUGAAUAUGUUCCAUAUACGAUGGAUAAUAGUGAUGGAUGUUAUCUUGCUCUACCCACCGACCGAAUCUUAGCCCCCAACACGAAAUAUAAGAAAUUUUUCACAUUUAGAUUCCCCACUAAGUUGUUGGAUACGGCAUGUAUAAAUUCCCUCUUGCCGCAUGUAUUACCUCCGCCUUCACUUGGGGUUGAUCGGACUUGUUUUCAUAAUCGAGGGGAGAAUAUUCAUUUGAAUAAAGCCUUAGGAUAUGGGUUUUUGAAUAUAAGAGGAACACCAUUAUUGACUAAGGAUUAUAGUUUUGAGGAUAUUAGUAUUUCAUAUACUAUUGAGGCGAAAUUUAUUGAUAAAGUGAAUUCCAAAGAUCAAAAAGUUCCAUUCUCAUAUCAAGAAAUUAAUGAUCCUGAAGCGGAUUCGGAUUCGUUUGUGAUAUCGAAGAGUAGUCAAUAUUUUUUGAGAUUUAUACCGGAUUUAAAAGAACAGUUUGAAUAUUAUAGGAAUGAUUUCCGUCUGAUGCUGGAGGAUGGGAUAGAUAAGAGAUUUUUAGCGGAUUAUUAUAAUUUAUCAACAUGGAGAAGUAUUCAUAUGCAGAAUUUUAAAAUUGAACGAGAAUUAGAAGAAAAGAUGAACAGAGAGGAAAUGAAUAAUGAUCAAAUAAAGCAAAAGAAUUUGUCAUCACAAGGGCCAGUCAGUAAUUAUCAGAAUGAAAAGGCAAAUUUGAAAGCUGACGAUCAGGAUCCUAAUUCGAAAUAUAAGACUUUGGGUAUGUUAGGCACCAAAAUCCCCACUGAGAUUUUUGGCAAGAAGAAGAAAUUGAUUUUAUCUUCAUUAGUCAAGAUUGGACAACUGCAUAUGUAUGUUAAAGUCCCCGACAAGGUCAUCCCAUACUCGUCUCCCAGAUUAUUAAUGAAGUAUAAUAACGAAGAGGAAACCAAGGACCUUAGACCCGUUUCUUCCAAUAUGAAAGAAAUCUAUAAUCGAGAUGAAGGUGACCUUAUCAAUUCAGUUGAUAUUUCAUUACAUUUCCUUCCCAAUGAUUCAACAAUAAAACCUCCCCAAAUCAGUUCCAUAGAAGCAAAUGUUGUAUUUUGGACAUAUUAUACUGAAUACCCAUUACCUUUUGAAUUAGGUUAUGAUUUCUUCUAUACGAAUCCUCAAGGUGAUGAUAAGUUAAUAAAUGACCCUGCAGAAAUUACUCGAAUUAAUUUACAAACCCUAAAAGAUCAAGUUGCCAAUUAUAUCACAUUUUUAAAAUUGAAUGAAUUGUAUGUUUCACGAGAUUCUUACCUUUAUUUGAAAUCAAUUAAAUCAUUAGGAGUGAAAAAGGAUACCGUGAAGGAAUAUUUCAAGACCAUUAGCCCGGUAACACAUUCCGAUUUACUUAAUAAUGAAGCAGGAUGGAAAUGUGAACAAUUACCCAAUAAGAAAUUCAAAUGGUGUAAAGAUUUUAGUGUUCCCUUGCAAGCGAUUAAUAAACAUAAUGUUACUUUAUUACCUAGUUUCCAAAGUUGUCUUGUGGGUAGACUUUAUUGUUUACAGAUUGUGGUUAAGUAUAAAGGAACUGGACAUGAGAAUGAGUUUGCUGAUAAUAUUGUUAAAUUAGAUGUUCCAAUGUUUGUAGGAUAG